AUUUCUCUUUCCUCGCUUUAAUCCUACCGCAAGCUCUGCACUCGGGCAAUCACCAUCUCAUCAACAAUCCGGCUUCUCACAAUGUGCGGUAGGUACGCCAUCAACCUGCGGCCCUCAGAGGUGCGCCGCAUGUUACAAGCGGAUAACAUGCCAGUCGAUGAUGCGCCGGACGAUGAAGGCGACGAUUCGCCACGACAGAGCUACAAUUUUGCGCCGGGAUAUCGUGGGGUUGUUUACAGGGCCCGGAUAGGUGGCGGUGGUAGUACUCAUCAAACCAAGCACCAAUUCAUCCUCCAACCAAUGAAAUGGGGUCUCAUUCCCUCCUGGACCUUCAAAUCCAAGUCCAAGCAGCAGAAACCAGGAUCAACAAACUACACAACAACCCUCAAGACCAUCAACUGCCGCGACGGAUCCCUUUCAUCUUCAAGCGGCAUGUGGUCCCGCAUCAAACACCGCCAUCGCUGCGUCAUCCCCGCCCAAGGAUUCUUUGAGUGGCUCAAGACCGGUCCUUCGGGAAAAGAAAAGAUCCCGCACUUUGUAAAGAGAAAAGACGGCAAGUUGAUGUUAUUCGCUGGACUCUGGGAUUGUGCCCAUUACACCGAUGAAGACGGCACUGACAAGGCAAUAUGGUCGUAUACAAUCAUCACGACAUCGAGUAACGACCAACUCAAAUUUCUGCACGACAGGAUGCCGGUUAUCUUGGAUGCUGGGUCGGAGGAAUUGAAAAGGUGGUUGGAUCCGGCGAAAGAUGUGUGGAAUAGGGAGUUGCAGGAUGUGCUCAAGCCGUUUGGAGGGGAAUUGGAGUGUUAUCCAGUUGAUAAGAGGGUUGGGAAGGUGGGGAAUGAUGGGGAUGAUUUGAUAGUGCCGGUGAGCGAACAGAGGGAGGAGAGGAAGAUUGAGACUUGGUUUGGUGGGGGUGGGAAGGGGGGCAAGCGAGAGGAGAAAGAGGAGGAGAAGGAGGGGGAGGUUGAAGUCAAGACCGAGACAGGAAAAAUCAAGGUUGAAUCCGUCGACGAGUUGGCACAAGAAACGGACCAGAAAGGGAAGGAAGCUCGUUCGCCGCCGCGAAAAGGUAUCAAGAGGGAGCCAGCUUCGGAGCUGGGUGGUGAUGAGCAACCGCCUGUUAAAAAGUCGAUGGGGGCUGGAGACAAGUCUUCACCACUCAAGGGGAGUAAGCAGAAGCCGCCACCACCGGCGGCGUCGAAAGCAAAAGGAAUAAAACCAAUCAGUGCAACGAAGAACAAAGGGAAGGGGAGUCCAAUCAGGCACAGGAAUGCGCCACCGCCGGGGACGCAGAAGAUCACAAAGUUUUUUGGGAACAGUGCUUGA